CAGGCUUAGCACGGAAAGGUUGUGCGAAUACAGACCUAACAAGUGUCAAAAGCAUGACAUGAUGUACGCCCCGGGCUUGUACAUAGUCCAGUCGAUGCCCGCCCUACGGAAUGCCACAGCGUUUCCAGUCCAGGAUCUCGUCUCUUGCGUAAUGACGGCUGGCAACGCGCGGUGCCCCGAUUACAACUGCAGCACCAGGAUUGAGAACACGUACUACAGGAUGCCAUCGCAGCUGUGUUUCACAUUCGACGUGAAUGCAAUACCACGAGAGGAACACCCUUUCCGGGAGUGUCCUAAUCAGUGGGACUGGGAGCUGGAGCUUCGCUACAAAUUCUCCCAGCGUGACACGAUGCUGUUGCUGCCAAAGUGGGUGUACCCGCUUUUUGUGCAUCAAACCGGACUCAGCCCUCCCGACCAGCUGUCCGCAGUACAGCUGCUCCCGGGAAAAGUCAUCCAAGUCAGCGUUAAACAGGCGAGAAAAAUGUACACCUUCACUGAGUUCUAG